AUGGGAAACGCUCCUAAGAAUCUAAAAAAUCUUUUAUUAACUUAUUUGUAUUAUGAAAGUCAGGACAGUGAAGAAGUUAAGAAGAAACUUAUGACUCUUGCUGAAGAUAUGAAAGAUUUAUCUUGGAUUAACAAAAAGUUGCUUAGAAAACUCAAACUUUAUAAAAGCACACAAAAACAUCGCGCAAAUAAUCAUUUUUUAAGUCAACUUCUACACAAUUUUUGCGAGCUUUUUGACUUAGUAGGCCCUCCGCCUGACACAGAGAUUUCUUUGGUUCAAAAGGGCUUGUCUUUUUGUGAGGAAGCAAUACUUGGGGAUAACCUAGAAAAAGAUAAAAGUAUUUUUAAACAACUCACAAGUGAUGAUGACUUUAAAUUUGUCGAAGGAGAAGGAAAAUACUAUAGAAAACGUAAUUGUGUUUUUAAGGAAAUAACUUCUGGCCGCGUUUUUCCUACUGAUUGUAAUAAAGUCACAAGUACACCUAAUUCCGGCGGGGUUCCUAUGAAGGAGAAUUUUAUAGCUAAUAACUUUUCAUAUCGUUCAAGUACUCCUUUAUCUUAUAAGAAAGCCCGCUUGAACGAAAAAGAAUCUCUUUCUCCUGCUGCGGUAUCUUUAGCGAAGUUUACCUUAAACGACUACACUGCGUUGAGUCUUCAUUUCAACCAACGCUCAAGAAGACAUUGGACCAGUGAGGAGAUUAAGUUAUUAUUGGAGGGCAUUAAAGCCAACGGAGUGGGGAAGUGGUCCUCGAUUUUAAGCUUUAUCACGCUUGCUAAACCGGAGUUUAACAGGACGUCUACAGAUCUUAAGGACAAAUGGAGAAACUUACUAAAUAAGAAGGACCCUGCAGCAUUAAAAGUUAUGAAUAGUACCGAUUUUUCUGCUCAGCUUGGAAGAAACCAGAGAAAAAGUGAGACCUCGAAACUAUUAGAAAGGUUGGACACUAUAAAAAGAAAGGCAGGUGAAGCACUUAUGUCAGACUAAUAUAUAAGAGCACGCUUGUAAGCAC